UCAACACGAUGAGAAGUGAAUCGUACCGGUUUGUCUUUACAACGUUUAGCUGGAACCGACAUAAAUACUUAAACUAACCGACUUUGAAACACACGAAUGUUUCUUUUUUUUCUUUUGUAAUUUUUUACAAAGUUUUUUUUCUCUAAGAUAUUAUUUACACAUAAUAUGAUCCCAUUACGUGUGCUAUUGCGUUGUUGUGAAUAAACACUGAUUAAAAUAACUUUAUUUUUCAUGAAAAUGCGACGUGGUGCACCGUGUUCAGUUCGUAAUAAGCACAGGAACACUUGGGGAAUGAAGACGUUAAAAAUGUGUUUUGGCAAGGGUCGUUUGAAACCACGUGAAACUAUUGAACAAGACUUAAGCAUGAUGGGAAUAGCCAUACCAAGAUUAAGUGUUCGUUCACCAUCCAGGAAACGUUCCCUACAAACAACAACCAGCACGCAUGACCGCUUUUGCAGUUUGAAAGCUCACCAACAACGUUGCUCCAUGUCGGCUGUCUGUUACGAGGGUGGAGUCGGUGGUAGAUCCCGAGCUGGGCUUAGGCUCAGUCUGAACAGGAGUAUCAGUGAGCCGGGCCCAGCAACACCACCGAUUACUGUAGUUACUACACCGACAACCUCGAAACGUUUUCGAUUGGAAUCUAUACCAAGUCUGCCAGCUAGUUUACCCGCUAGCCCAAAUUCUGAGGGUACAAAUUUAAGCAGUGCUCUAAUACUAAACAAGGUAAAACGAAUGAGCAGUGAUUAUUUUCGACAAAAACUGGAACUUUUCGGACCAGCGGUCUUGGCCAUUGACUGUCGGUCUUUCGUAUGCUACAACGUCAGCCAUGUUAGAGGUGCCGUGAACGUGAACGUCGCCGACCGGAUUAACAGACGUAGAUUGCAAACGGGAAAAGCCACUUUGGUGGAGUUGUCGUCUUCUAGGGACGCCAAAGACGCUCUAAGGAGGCGUGGUUACAGAGAAAUUGUGGUGUACGAUGACUCGACUACAGACUUAGACAGAGUGCCCCAUAACCAUCCUCUGAUGCUAAUCCUUGCAUCGUUAGUAGACGAUGAAAGAGAACCAUCCUUUCUUAUCGGUGGCCACAAAGAGUUUCAUUCUCGGCAUAAGGACAUGUGCGAGAACACCCUGCUGCCGGCGCCGCUGAUCGCCAGCUGCCCUCCAGAUGUGGACCGCGAGUCCAUGGACACCCACCCACUCACCAAGGUGCUGCCAUUCUUGUACCUUGGUAACAGCAAAGACGCUGACGACCGGGAUGGUAUGACCGCCAUCGGGGUGACACGCGUGCUGAACGUGACCACCAGCCAACAGUCGCCGUCCCCGACUAUGGACCACCGAGCUUCCGGCGUCGUGUACAAGCGACUUUCCGUCUUGGACAACGGGCAUGCCAACCUCAAGCAGUACUUUGAAGAAGCGUUCGAAUUCAUCGAAGGCGCUCGGAAGUCCGGCGGAAGCGUGCUGAUACACUGCCAGGCCGGCAUAUCCCGGUCGCCGACCAUUGCUAUCGCGUACGUGAUGCGCCACCGGAAGACGUCCAUGGUGGACGCGUACAAGAUGGUCAAGGCGGCUCGGCCGAUCAUAUCGCCGAACCUUAACUUUAUGGGCCAGCUGCUUGAGCUCGAGCAGAGCUUACAGCAGUACGAGCAGCAGCACCAGCAACAGCAGCAACAGCAGCAGCAACAACAACAACAACAACAACAACAACACCAGCAGCAGCAGCAGCAGCAACCGCGUUGCGGACAGUCUUGGGCCGCCGCCCAAUCCGCCGCAGACGAACUGUCGCCCGGGUGUAGUACAUAAAAAAAUAAAGGCCGCCGCACCCGACGACCGUAAGCACGCACGCACACACGUGUUCGCGUUCACGCGUAUGUGCGUGCUUGCGCGCGUGCGCAGGACAGAGACAAGGUACCGUGUCCCCGCUUCGGGCAUGUUAAGAUAAUAUUAAAUAUAGGUAGGUAUAUGUAUAAUAUACGUAUACGUAUGUGUAUAAUAUUUGUUUGUAUGUCAAUUGCGUUCGAGAUAUUCCAACCUAUUUAAUGUGUUCCUAAUAAUUAGUUUUUCCAUUCUCGCGCAAAUAUGUAAAAUAAAAAUAAUAUUAGAUAAACAAUUAAAACAAAAACUGUAGUAAUAUAAUAUAAGUACCUAUAUCUAUCUAUAUCUAAAUGUAUAUAUAUAAACUUGCGUACGUAUCCGUUUAAGAAUGUGAAAGUAUAUAUAUAUAUAUAUCUGUAUAUUAUAACGCGUAUGUGCCUAUUAUUAUUAUUUUCAUCAUUAUUAUAUUGAUGUUUGUAAUGUUAUGAGUGAAAAAAAAAAAACACAGUGCCCCGUACGAAUUCACCAGACAUCAAACUAUAUUAUUAUCGUACGGCGAUUUCUCUGCAGCUACAAUAAUAUAAUAUGUAUAUAUAUAUAUAUAUAAACUUUUAGACACGACGUGAUGACACCGCCGCUGCAUCAUAAUAUACACUGGUGUAGACUUGACACGAUUCGAGAAAAACGAGCAUUAUCUAGUCUUGCAAAUUUUGUACAUAAGAUAUAAUAUGAUAUAAUAUACGUAUUAUUACCCGCUGAGACUACUACUAUUUUUUUUUUUUUAAUUACACCAUUAUUAUUAUUAUUAUUAUUAUUAUAUAUAAAAUAUAUGUUAUUAUCAUGUAUGAAUAAUUAAUGUAAAAAAAAAAAUUGAUGUAAAUAUUACGUUUUUUUUU